GCCUGGGGUCUGGAGGCCGCCGCUGCCGCCAUGCCGCUGCUCUUCCUCGAGCGCUUCCCCUGGCCCAGCCUCCGUACCUACACGGGCCUCAGCGGCCUGGCCCUGCUCGGCACCAUCGUCAGCGCCUACCGCGCCCUCAGCCAGCCCGAGGCCGAGGCCGGGCCCGGGCCCGGGCCCGGCGAGUCGGAGCAGCCCGCUCCCAGCCGGGCGGACGCCGGGGGCCCCCGGGCCCGCGACGUGGCCCAGUACCUGCUCUCGGACAGCCUCUUCGUGUGGGUCCUGGUAAAUACUGCUUGCUGUAUUUUGAUGUUGGUGGCAAAGCUAAUCCAGUGUAUUGUGUUCGGUCCCCUUCGAGUGAGCGAAAGACAGCACCUCAAAGACAAGUUUUGGAAUUUUAUUUUCUACAAGUUCAUUUUCAUUUUUGGUGUGCUGAAUGUCCAGACAGUGGAAGAGGUGGUCAUGUGGUGCCUUUGGUUUGCUGGGCUUGUGUUUCUGCAUCUGAUGGUUCAGCUCUGCAAGGACCGAUUUGAAUAUCUUUCUUUCUCUCCCACAACACCGAUGAGCAGCCACGGUCGAGUCCUGUCUCUCUUGAUUGCUAUGCUGCUUUCCUGCUGUGGAUUAGCAGUUGUCUGUUGUGUCACAGGCUACACUCACGGGAUGCACACGUUGGCUUUCAUGGCUGCAGAGUCUCUUCUUGUGACAGUGAGGACUGCUCAUGUGAUUUUACGAUACGUAAUUCACCUCUGGGACCUCAACCAUGAAGGGACCUGGGAAGGAAAGGGAACAUAUGUCUACUACACAGAUUUUGUCAUGGAGCUUACUCUCUUGUCCCUAGACCUCAUGCACCAUAUUCACAUGUUGUUAUUUGGCAACAUCUGGCUGUCCAUGGCCAGCUUGGUGAUCUUCAUGCAGCUGCGUUAUCUGUUUCACGAGGUACAGCGUCGAAUCCGUCGGCACAAGAACUAUCUGCGUGUGGUUGGAAACAUGGAAGCCAGGUUUGCAGUUGCAACUCCAGAGGAGCUGGCUGUCAAUAACGACGACUGUGCAAUCUGCUGGGACUCCAUGCAAGCUGCAAGGAAACUGCCCUGUGGACAUCUUUUCCAUAACUCCUGUCUUCGUUCCUGGCUAGAACAAGACACCUCCUGCCCGACAUGCAGAAUGUCUCUUAAUAUUGCCGACAAUAAUCGUGUCAGGGAAGACCAUCAAGGAGAGAACUUGGAUGAGAACUUGGUUCCCGUGGCGGCAGCCGAAGGCCGACCUCGCUUAAACCAACACAAUCACUUCUUCCACUUUGAUGGGUCCCGGAUCGCGAGUUGGCUGCCGAGUUUUUCUGUUGAAGUGAUGCACACCACCAACAUUCUUGGCAUUACUCAGGCCAGCAACUCCCAGCUUAAUGCAAUGGCUCAUCAGAUUCAAGAAAUGUUUCCCCAGGUCCCGUACCACCUGGUGCUGCAGGACCUUCAGCUGACGCGCUCAGUGGAAAUAACAACAGACAACAUUUUAGAAGGACGGAUUCAAGUACCUUUUCCCACACAGCGGUCAGAUAGCAUUAGACCUGCAUUGAACAGUCCUAUGGAAAGGCCAGGCAGUGACCAGGAGGAGGGAGAAACUUCUACUCAGACUGAGCGCGUGCCACUCGACCUAAGUCCUCGGCUGGAGGAGGCAUUGGACUUCAGUGAGGUGGAUGUGGAGCCCAGCGAGGUGGAAGACUUUGAGGCUCGGGGGAGCCGCUUCUCCAAGUCUGCCGAUGAGAGACAGCGCAUGCUAGUUCAACGCAAGGACGACCUCCUGCAGCAAGCUCGAAAGCGUUUCUUGAAUAAAAGUUCUGAAGAUGACUCAGCCUCAGAGAGCUCCCUCCCCUCGGAAGGCACGUCCUCUGACCCUGUGACGCUCCGUCGAAAGAUGUUGGCUGCGGCUGCUGAACGGAGGCUUCAGAAGCAGCAGACUUCCUAGCAUUGCCUGCCUUCAUCAGCCUCCUCCUGAUUGUGUGCCAGAGAGGAAGAGGCCUCCCCAGUUCUGCCUGCUGUGUGAAGAAGUGGGCGUGACUGCGUUGCCGCUGUAUAAAGCAUGUGGUCUUAAUAGUGUUUGGACAGCUGACAAAUUUAAUCCUUUUUGUAAUACUUUCUAUGUGACAUUUCUUCUUCCUUAGAAACACUGCACAUUUUAACUCUAGGCAUGAUCUCUUCUGGCGUUGACUGGACUUCUUGGGGUUGGGGGGAGGUUGAGAGGAAGUAAGCAACCAGAGACCUGUAGCAGGUAGCUUUAAUGACUACUUUGUACAUAGGUCACAAAAACCGCUGGUGUCGCCAGCCUCAGAUCUGGUCGGGGAGGAGAUGCAGCAGCAGCCGGGAGGACCUGUUCAGCCUGAGCCUGAGCCACACCCUCGAUGAUCUCCGGUGUCAGACUGCUCUUCUUAGGGCCAGACAUUCAGGAUGUUACAGAGGCCAGACCCACAGGCGCCUGGCCCCAGGGGCAGGCAGGGCAUCUUGAGAAAGAGCUCUUGGUUUGAUGCCUAGUGCAGAGGAGGGGAAAGCCCAAGGCUGUUGAGUAGAGGAAGGGCCCGCCUUGUGUGGUAGAGGUUGAGGACUGACCUUCUGAGGAAGUAAUUCAAAGCCGGCUUUAUUUCCGUUCACAUUGGCGCUCCCGCAUCUCGGGACCCACAGAGUUGGCCCUUUGUGUAUCUCCUCUCAUUGCCCCCUCCGGGCACGGAGAAAGCCCCCGCUGAAAGGACUAGGCAGCAAGCUUUGAUUUGCGGUUUUAAUUCCUUGGUCAAGUAAAUUAGGCAGUUCCAGUCUGUGGAUCUGAUCCUUGGAGAAGAUGUGGGCCUUGCAAGAUGGGGUAGUAAAUUGUGGAGGGCUUUAUUGAAGAAAUAAAAGAUAUUGUAUCCUUUUUUUCUUCAAGCCCUUCAUUUUCAUAACUUUGUUCCUGUUGGUUUAACUAAACAUAGAAAGGUUAAGACGUUGAAUCCACCUGUCUUAGAGACAGACCGAGUUCCCAGACCCUUCAAAUUCUUCACACAUUUAACUUUAAAGAUUUGAAACAUGCAAUCAUAGGUUACACAGUUCAGUUUUACGUCCCAUUGGAUUACAUUUUUUUAAUGUUUGAAAAUAUAAUUUUAUGGUAGCCCUUUUGAGAAGAAUCCAGUAUUACCUAAAAUUAUUGGCAAAGUUAAAUGUAUUUUCCAUAACUGCAAGUUUUUAGAAUGUUUUCAAAGUAAUUGAGGAAAGGGUGAUGAGUAAAUAUUUAGGCAGAGGUAAUUUAUUUCAGUAAAUCUUUCAAAAGCCUUACCUUGAAAUGCUGUUAGGAAAUUUCUGUGAUUUUUUUUUUUAAUUUGUUUCAUUUUGCUAAGAACAUAGCUGUUUGUUUUUAUUGUAAGUUAAUAAUAACAAUAAAAAGCAAACUCUU